CGUGCAACAAAAAUCGGUCAUUCACCACAUGCAGCACUUACAGUUAGCCAAAAAAAGGAUCCAACACACACACUCAUCCCCCCUUCUCCCCUCCCCUCCCCCGAACUCUUGUCCUUUUCGACAAUCCACAUUAAUACGUCCUGGUCCUGGUCCUGUCUGUUUUUUUUCUCUUUCACUUUCUCCUUCUCUUUUCUCUUUCUUCCUACCACACAAGCACACCAUAAUACUCCCUCAACGCCGCUCAUGACCGUUGUGCCACUUCCUUACGAAAUAGCGCACUGUUCAUCGUGGGACGAUGAUCAUGAGCCAGAGCAACUUGUAGCUUCGAGUCCGGGCAAUCGAAUCAAACGAUCAGACAAGAUUGACGAUGAUGCUGACAUUGGCGAACCCGACGCAUUGCCGAGCAAUAACAAAGUCAAAGGCUGGCAAACGCCAAAAUGUCCUACGUAUCCACAAGAUUUAAUUAUUCGACUGCUUUGUGGCCCUGCACGCAUCUCCAAAGUCCAAGUUUUAUCGCAUCAUUACAAGAUUGCCACCAAAAUAGACGUAUAUAUCGGCAUCCUUAAAGACCCAUCCAGCAUCCAAGACGACCUCGACGAGCAUGUCUCGCCAGAAGACGAUGAAGAAGACGAAGACGAUAUGGUCAUUGAGUUUACACGGCUAGGCUAUGUUAGUCUUGACAAUAACACGCGCGCCCAAUAUCGUGCUCGUGAAUUGAAAUCAAUCAAGGUCAAUGCCGAUGGUGAAUACGUCAGACUCGUUGUCCGCAGCUGUCAUCGAAAUCGAUUAAACACCUACAACCAGGUGGGACUACUCGCUCUUAACGUAUUGGGUCAACCACUGCGUCAUGAGGCUGCAGGUGUAACAGCUAUCCCUAGCCACAUGGCCCGGUACCUUCACCACCCUUUGGAUGAGUCAAGCAUGCUCAGCUCGUCCACGAGAAGAACAAGUGUUUCCAGUAGCCAAAGUCUUAGCAACAGACUUUCUGCUUCUGGCGUGCUCGACAUUGAGCUCCAGCAAUGGAUUUCGGCAUUGAUGCAUGCCGAAGAGGAAGCAGCCAGAGAUGAAUCAUACCAGGCUGCAAAAGUGUACAAGGAUAUCAGUGACAAGCUUUCUAGGUUUGGCAAGAUUGUCAUUGACUUGGAGCUGGGCAAAAAGCAAGCCGUAGAAUCUAAGGAUUAUGACGAAGCCGAGAAAAUCAAGGCCGAUAUUUGCGAAAUCAAACGAUCUGCCGAGCAAUUGUUGGAGCAAGCUAAUAUCCACAUUACGCGUGAUGGCCGCGUGGUUCCUGCCGGGAACAGCAAUGGUGUCAUCGUUGGUGCCGAGUACGAAGACGACGAUGAAAUUGACAUUAUCCCCGAGUCUCUGCGAGGACCAUCAUAUCCUAGCAACGAAAGCGAUGAUAUGAUUCGACAUCCAGAAGCCGUAUCCAAGCAUCACCAUGACAAUGAGAAUGAUACUACAUUGAUUAGUCACCAUGACAACAUCAAUGAUGAUGAUAAUGAUUACCACCGCCAUCACCAUAGCAAUCCAGAAACAACGCAGCAAGAUCGUCUCUAUGAUGAAGCAAUUGAAAAAUGGACAAACUUUGACGCUUAUAUCACCCCACCCCACAACGAAGGCAUCAGUCAGAACGAUUCUACCACGCAUCAAAGCUCGCCCACAUCAUCGCUGUCGACAGACGCCGCCGAGAUGCUGCUUCCGCCUCAUUUGACAUCCUAUGGCGGCCAUAACAGCAAUUCUCUUAUUGGACGUGAAAUGGUGGUUGAAGAUGACAAUACCGAUGGUGGUCUGGAAAAACCGAUCGAUUUACAACGUGUGUCCAUGUCAGAUCUGAUGGCACCUUCACUUUCAGCUUCCGUUGCUCGAAAACAUUCGUUGCGUGGCAUGACAACAGAAGAGCAACAGCAAUUUUUUGAGCACCAAGUUGACGAAGCACGCAUCCAGCAAAAACUGCAGCAAGUACCGAAAAAGGAGCCAUUGGAUCCAGAAUGUGUCCCUGAACCAUUAAUCGAUGCUGAACGUGCCAAUUGCCGUGUGCCUAUCCGUGUAUUUGGCGAAGACAUUGUUACUUGCGUUCUCAGUGUCAAGGUCAAGUGUCGCGAGUACGGUUUAAAACAAAUAGCAGAAAGUGUCAAACUGGCUUGUGCAUUUGUCGAAAAUAACGAAUUACAUCGUUUGGACGAACUCGUUGACGACCCGCACCAUACAAGCUUGUCGGAUGACAGUAGCAGCGAAACCAGCAUUGGCGAAGAUUAUGAAGAAGAUAUCCGUCGUACUGCUAUGUUUACUAAAGCAGCAUUGAUGAUGGUUCAGGAGGCCGUAAUGGAUUCAAGAGAGUCCAUUAUUAGUAUGACGAUCGACAUUUGGAAAGACGUGAAUGCCAUCUGUGAAGUGGUGCCUCAUACACUUGUCUUUGGAUUAAUCGAACGCGCAUUUUCUGGUCUUUUGAUGCGUACUAACGACACCAACACGCGAAUCCGUCAACCUGCCUCACAGCUUGUCCUUGAUUUGUCAGAAAAGUUCUAUGAGCGACCUUAUUCAUUGCUCUCGCUUUAUAUCGCCAAGCCAGAUCGUAUUAUUCACAACCACAAGGAUGCACGUGCACGGAUCGAGCUGGUAUCCUCGGCCGUGGACUAUUUACGUAUCAUCCAGCAGCAGCAAAGCGCCAAGAAGCGUAAUGGGGAUGCAGUAGCAGAUAUUGGCAUUAUUCCCUUGAAUGAUUUGAUGGCUUUCGUCGUCACUUAUUUGAACCAUUCGCACGAUGAUGUGCGUCAGGCUGCUGUCGAACUUGUUAUUGAUAUUUCCGAGCAAGUUGGUUUCCCUUCAGUGAGCAAGUAUAUAGAUAAGGAUCUUCGACUCUCGUUGGCAGAGACCGUAAAGAAGGUUGCUGAAUCUCGUGAGCCAGCACAAGAUACAUCUUCUUCCAAGCCUAGUUCGUUUGGCUCGAAUGGCACCGUAGCUGAGCUUCGUGCAUUUGCUGCCAAAGCAAGCUCCCCAAGCGAAAAGAAAUCUAGUCAGGCUACCAAGAAGACUGGCGACAAUACCAAGCGACGCACUGCUGGUACUACUACAGUUACAGGUGCUGCUGAUAAACGUGGCAAGGCUGAUAGUCGAACGACGAGCACAGCGUCGAAAAAGACCACGACAACCAGUACCGCAAACGGCACACGUACGUCAGCUGCUCGUAGCAACACUCGUGGUGCAAACACCAAUACUACUAGCAAAGCCUCCUCCAAAAAUACCACCACUACUACUACGACAACAUCAGCUUCUCGCCAGGAAGAUCCUCUUUUGGAUGACAAAAACAUCUGUAUAUUCUGUGAAGAAAGCAAUCCUGACUUUAAUGAAGAUACACUCAUCUCUCACUACUACGAUGAAUGCCCUGUACUAACAAGCUGUCCCAGAUGUCAAAUUAUAUUGGAAAUUUCAACAUUAAGUGAUCAUACGUUUAAGGAUUGUGCAAAACGGCAUCUGGUCAAACAGUGCACGCGUUGUAAGCAAGCUGUACCAGUUGAACAAUGGCUUCAACAUACAUUGAAGCAAACAUGCUCAGCUGUCACUGACGGUGAAACUCGGUGCCCGUUGUGUAUGGGAUCAAUUGAUCCUGUCACGGACAGUCAAUGGAAGGCUCACUUGUUGAACGGUGACGGUUGUCCCAAGAAUCCACGACAGGUCCGACGAAUCAAGGCUGCUGCUUCAGCAGCACCUGCAAGCAAACCAGCUAAAGCAGAUGCACCUAGAAGUACAGCGCGUGGUGCUGGUAGUGCAACUAAAACGCCCACUUCUUCGCUGAGAAGAAAAAAGUAGAUUUCACCCCAAAUCAAUUUAAAUACCUUCGUCAGAGUUUUCCAAGUUUUUUCUUUCUAUAACACCCCC